GGGGGGCGAAGCCGGGAGAAGGGAGGGUCGGGAAAUGCAGCAAGGACCUACCAAGGUGGUGGCGAGACUGCCGAGCGAAACAGAACUCGUUUCGAACUCGCAGUCACGUUUUAUCAGCGUCGCAACACGCUGCUGCCGACGAAGUCGAAGAGGAGAACGAGAGAGAUAAAUAAGAAGAAAAAAGAUAGGAGAGGAAGCUUCCUCGGGACGGUAGCUUUAAAAAGAUCUGAAAGACUUUGUAAAUCUCUUCGGGACUCCCAAAAUGUUAGAAGUGGGAAAGCUUCUUUUGCCGCUGAUGAUGCUGGCAACCUUGAGUCGGGCGCAGUUCCGAUGCCCGGAAACUAAAGGCUUCUUCCCUGAUCCGGAGCAGUGUGAUCUCUAUUACGCUUGUGUGGAUGGCCAGCCCGAGGAGAGAAUUUGCAAGGAUGGACUCGUUUUCAGGGACGACAACCCCAAGAAGGAGCUCUGCGACAUACCGGCAAACGUACCCUGCGGCGACCGUACGCUUUUGCAGGAACCGCAACCUAGCAAGGGCUGCCCGCGCGCGAACGGACUCUUCAGCCACGAAGAUCCGGCCGCGUGCGAUCGUUUCGUCAACUGCAUCGAUGGAGUAGUACAGGUGGUACCCUGCCCGCCCGGACUAGUAUAUGAGCCCAAGAUGUCAAGCUGCGUCUGGCCGGUAGACUCCAGUCGUCUAUGCGAAAAUCAGAAACGCGACGUCCUGGAUGACGGCUUCGUAUGCCCGGACGGCGACGUCGCCGGCCCGUCCGGCGCGAUCCUGCCGCAUCCUACGUACCCGCAUCCCGAAGAUUGCGCCAAGUUUUACAUUUGCAAGAACGGUGUAGUACCACAGAAGGGCCAAUGCGACCCCGGCACUGUGUAUAAUGAAGAAAGUUUCAGAUGUACGGAACCCGAAAACGUGCCGGGAUGCGAGAACUAUUACAAGAGUAAGAACUGAGUUAGAAAAUCGAGGAUGCCGCAGUUAAUCACAGCUACGUGUGUAAUGCUCAUCAUUUUACUCAUAGGAACAAUAAACGCAUGUGAUAUGCACGUUUAC